AUGAAUUGGUUGCUGUUUGUCAGUUGCCAUCGUCGACUCAACGAAUACAUAUCGCACUAUGAGGAACUCAACUAUGAUCAUGAGCACAUCCGAGCUAGUCACAAUAGAGCGAAACGAUCCGUGACCAAAGAUCAUCAUGUAGAUUUAAAAUUUUCAGCACACGGAAGAGACUUCCAUCUUAGGCUAAAACGUGAUUUAAAUACAUUUAGUGAUAAGUUAGAGUUUUAUGAUAGCAACAAUCUCCCCUUGGAUGUGGCCACCGAUCACAUUUACGAGGGCGAAGUGAUAGGGGAUCGUAAUAGUUACGUAUUUGGUUCCAUACUGGAUGGGGUAUUCGAGGGUAAAAUAAUAACCGAGCGUGACGCCUAUUAUGUUGAACAUGCCAAGCGUUAUUUUUCACCAACAACAACAGCAGCAGUACUUAGUACGAAUGGUACAGAAAUGCCAUUGGCGCAGCGACUGGUUGCAGAACAGUAUACAGCAACAACUGCGGCAAGCAGCCCAUCAGCAUCAGCAUCAACGUCGACGACGAGCUCAACAACAACAACAACAAGAGCGCCAACAACAACAAUGGCGAGUACAACGACGACAUCAGCUCCAUUGAAAACAUCUCCAACGUCCGCCGGAAAUCAUAAAAACGGACAAACUGACGACAAUCGGAAUAUUGGUUUCCAUUCCAUUAUCUACAAGGAGUCACAUGUCGAUGAUGCUUACAAGGACAUGCGUGAAGGACAUGUUGGUGGUUGUGGCAUCACAGAGGAAGUAUCCCAAUGGAUGGAGAGUAUACAGAAUUCCGCUGUCGAAGAGUUGCCAGAACCGAUGUCGAAGGAUGAUCUCACCCACCAAAAACAACAGCUCAAAUACACCAGACCCAACAGCGCGCGCCUGACACAAACACAAGAAGAAGCGGAACAAGAACGAGAUAAUGCCGCAUUCUUAACAAAUAAGAAACACAAAAAAUCCACAAUCGCACCAGCGACAACAACAGCAACAAGAGUUGCAUCCGCGCAACAGCGUCCUCCAAAAAAAUACUCAAGUCACACAGCUGGCACUGGCGAGACGACGACGAUGACGACGGCGCCGAGGAGCGACUCAAUAGCUGACUACUCCACCAGUACACCAGGCGAUGAUGACUUCAAAUAUCCUUAUCAAAAAUACUCCAAAGAUGCAAAUUUUCGCUUCGAUGAUGACGCGGAUUCAGCGUGGCGGCCAUUUUCGCCCAAAGCUGCAGCCGAUGACAUUUAUGGCAUGGCCAGGGAUAGCAACAGCGACGGCAGCAACUUCAACGGCAAAAGUUUCUCAGGGGCAUUUUAUGAUCCGGAAACGGGGCGCAAGUACACGCCCCAGUACAUGGAUAGGGCUGAAUGGCAUGCAAAGGUGCAUGAACGUGUGCGACGCGCUGCCGGUGGUAAUCCAAAUGGACCAGCUGCGCGACGUGAAGAGAACAAAAAUACCUGUUCGCUGUAUAUACAAACAGAUCCGCUGAUAUGGCGGCACAUACGAGAAGGAAUUGCUGAUCAUGAUCGUGGCCGCAAAUACGAGAUUGACGUAAAGACGCGUGAGGAGAUCACUUCACUAAUCGCACAUCACGUUACUGCCGUUAAUUACAUUUAUCGCAAUACUAAAUUCGAUGGACGUAGCGAGCACCGCAACAUACGUUUUGAGGUGCAACGUAUCAAAAUCGAUGACGACUCCGCCUGCCGCAAUUCAUACAAUGGCCCACACAAUGCCUUCUGCAACGAGCAUAUGGAUGUGUCAAACUUUUUGAAUUUGCAUUCGCUGGAGGAUCAUUCGGACUUUUGUUUAGCCUAUGUGUUCACUUAUAGAGACUUCACCGGUGGUACCCUGGGCUUAGCUUGGGUGGCUAGCGCUUCUGGUGCCUCUGGUGGCAUUUGUGAGAAAUUCAAGACUUACACUGAAACAGUCGGUGGCCAAUAUCAAAGCACAAAACGCUCGCUAAAUACGGGCAUCAUCACAUUCGUUAACUAUAACAGUCGUGUGCCGCCGAAAGUGUCGCAACUGACGCUGGCGCACGAGAUUGGGCAUAAUUUUGGGUCGCCGCACGAUUAUCCGCUAGAAUGUCGUCCGGGCGGCCUAAAUGGAAACUUCAUUAUGUUUGCCAGCGCCACCUCAGGCGAUCGGCCGAAUAAUUCGAAAUUCUCACCGUGUUCAGUACGCAAUAUAUCCAAUGUGCUGGAUGUGUUGGUUGGCAACUCGAAGCGAGACUGCUUCGAGGUGUCGGAGGGUGCCUUCUGUGGCAACAAGAUUGUUGAGUCGGGCGAGGAAUGCGAUUGCGGUUUCAACGAAGAGGAAUGCAAGGACAUUUGUUGCUAUCCGCGUAUAAUCAGCGAGUACGAUUUCUCGAUGAACAGCUCAGCAAAGGGUUGUACCCGUCGCGCUAAAACGGAAUGCUCGCCGUCGCAAGGUCCUUGCUGUCUGUCCAACUCAUGCCAGUUCGUGCCAACGAACUAUCAUCAAAAGUGCAAAGAGGAAACGGAAUGUUCCUGGUCAAGCACGUGCAAUGGCACCACUGCCGAGUGUCCGGAGCCGAAACCGCGUGAUGACAAAACGAAAUGCAACAAUGGUACAGCACUCUGUAUACGCGGCGAAUGCUCUGGCAGCAUUUGUCUACUGUGGAACAUGACUGAGUGUUUCCUCACUUCACAAGCGGUGCCGCAUGUCGACAAGCGUCGGUUGUGUGAGCUCGCCUGUCAGAAUGGCAAUGACAGUGGCACCUGUCGCAGCACUAGUGAGUUUGCGCAUAAGUUUGGUUUGCCCGAAGGUGGCAUUAACUUACGACCCGGUUCGCCGUGUGACAAUUUCCAAGGCUACUGUGAUGUAUUUCUUAAAUGUCGCGCCGUUGACGCCGAUGGACCAUUGGUCCGGCUGAAGAAUUUGUUGCUGAAUCGCGAGACCUUGCUGACUGUAGCGCAAUGGAUCACCGAGUAUUGGUACUAUGUAGUUAUAAUGGGCGUGGGCUUUAUCAUUGUGAUGGGUAUUUUCAUUAAGUGCUGCGCCGUGCACACGCCUAGCUCAAAUCCGAAGAAGCGGCGAGCGCGGCGCAUUAGCGAAACGCUGCGCGCGCCCAUGAAUACACUUAGACGAAUGCAACGUCAUCAUCAAGGCCGUGGGGCUGGCCCACGCAGCAUACCACCGCCAGCGCAUGAGCAACGCGGUGGCGGCGGUGCUGCCAGUGGUAAUCAUCGCAGUGCGCAUCCCCAUCAUUGGGAUCGUCAUCAGGGCGGCCACUCUGUAGUGCCGCUGCCCACAGGCGGUCCACAUCAUGUGCAUAAUGCUGGUGGGCGUGCGGCAGCAACUGGAGCGUCAGCGGUUGCAGCAAGUGGCCGAACGCCAGCAAAUGGACGUAGCUCGCGGCCAUCAACGCGACCAUCAAGCGGUACACGCAGCACAACACAUGGCGGGUAUGGAGAUAUACCACCAACUGGUCUUGUGGUUGGUGGUGUGCCAACGGGUGUUGGUGUUAGUAGUGGUGUUGGUGGUGGUGUGCCAAAUGGCGCAUUAAUAGUUAGCGGCAGUGGCGGCGGUAAUGGGCCCAGCGCUGGUGUAAUUGCACGCCAGCAAAUGCCUCUGCCAUUGCCGCCCACCAGCGCGGUGCAAGCGCAACAAUUACAACAACAACAACAACAGCAACAAGUGCAGGCAACACUUUCGCAAGCAUACUAUGCUCCACCGAAAGCACCAGCCGCCAAACGAAAUAAGUCCCGCAAUCCAGCAACACACAUCUCCUUGGCCGCUGCUGCUGGGCGCUCUUCUAAAGAGACGCCGCAGCGAACACAGCAGGCCGCGGCGAAAAAACACCGCAAAGUCGUUUACUGAACCUGCCUUCCUGUACCUACUGAUCUCCACUUCACAACAAUUGCUACAUAUAUAAAUAUUUUCCACGUUUUCACUCUCACCAAAUUGCCGUCGCUCCGCAACCAGCAAAUUAUAAUCGGCCGCCUUCGCUGCACAAUCCAGAGUUGUAUGCAGACGCUUAUGCCGCGCUGGGACGGGGCGCGUAUGAGGCGACCGCGCGCCCACCCAACAGCAAAGUUUGACAGCAGCAACAGCAGACGCAGACGCUGGCGCCGCAAACGCUCAAGAAACAGCAGCAAAAAUCAACAGCAACAAAAACCACAGUAACAACAACACAAAAAUCAAAUGAACUCAAAUUAAAUGUAAAUGUACUUUUUAUGCUAAUUAUUAUUAUUUAAAAAAAGAAACAAACAAAAGAAAACGAGACAAAGAAGAUAAACAAAAACAAAAAACACUACAAAAAAAUACACACGUAAAUAUAAAUAUAAAUAUAAAUAUAUAUAUAUUUUUUAAAUUAAUUGAUAUACAAAACACACAAAAAUAAGCAUAAAAGUAAUCAAAAUGAACAAAACUAAAGAUUAAAAAUGAAAUAGUGAAAAAGAUUGUAAGCAUAGGAAAAAAUGAGAAUAUGAACCCGGUUGCAUAGCUGGGACCAAAAACCCAAGAAAAAGGCGAAAUACUAAAAUAUUUAGUUAAUAGAAUGGAAAGCAAGCAGAAAAAUUGAUAUAAAAAAUUUACCGAAGCAGACAACUAAAAAGGAUUGUUAAAAAUUAUAUAAAGCGAAAUAAGCAAUGCGAAUGUUAAACUAAAAAACGCAAACACGUCAAAAAGACUAUAAAGGAAAAUUGAUAUAAAAUGUAGAAAAAAAAACAAAAUUACAAAUAACUGAUAAAUUAAUUAUACAUACAUGAAAUGCGUUGCUAUUAAAUGGGUAUGAACUAAAAUAAACAGUGAAAAAUAAAUAGUAAUUAAAUGAAUAAAAAUUUAACAUUUUAAAAAUUGUAAGGCAAGCGAGAAGGAGAAAGUUUGUAAUAUUUUCAAAACCUAAAAUAUAGCAGAUAUUAAAUUUACGAAUCUGUUUUGCUAGCUUAAGAAAUGAAAAACGCAUUAAAAUGAGAUAAAAUGUUGGACCUGCAUUAGAAAUUAAUAGAGACUAAAUGGUUUUGUAAAAGCGAGCGCUUAGCAAGGAAAGUCGCCAAGGU